AUGUUAAGGGCGCAGAAGCAGCAAAUGCCGCGGAUCGUGGUGCAGCUGUAUACCUACCAGACCUGCCGCGCUUUGGCGCAUCUCCACGCCAGCGGCGUGGUGCACCGCGACAUCAAGCCGCAGAACUUGUUGGUGGACGCCUCCCGCGGCCACCUGCUGAAACUCUGCGACUUUGGCUCCGCAGCGCGGCUGAGCCAGGGCCGGCCGGCCCUGGUGGCCUACAUCUGCUCCCGCUACUACCGCGCGCCGGAGCUCAUUUUCGGUGCCUCGAACUAG